CCCCCCCUUCCUCCAACCUCACUGCAACAGGCUCUUUCAUCGUCCUUUCCUCAUCAAAAGUGCUCCAAGCACAACACAACCAUGUCUGAAAGCGGAGAGAAAAAACCUAAAAUCAACGCGUCUCGCAGGCUGAUACUGAAGUCACUCAUGUUGGCGAAGGCAGCCGUCAUGCUGGAGAAUGAGACAAAAGAGAAGAAAGAUGAGAAGGUGAGGAUCAUGGCAGAGCGGGUCCCUCCUCUGGACUGUGGGAGGAUGUCUCUACAGGAACUGCAGGAGCUGUGCAAACAGAUGCACCAUAAAAUCGAUGUGGUUGAUGAGGAGCGUUACGACCUUGAGGUUAAAGUCGUCAAAAACAACAAGGAGAUCGAGGGUUUGUCUCAGAAGGUUUUUGACCUGAAAGGGAAGUUCAAGAGGCCCAACCUGAAGCGAGUGCGUGUCUCAGCCGACGCCAUGCUGGGGGCCCUGCUGGGGUCCACACAAAAGGCCUCUCUGGAUCUGAGGGCCAACCUUAAGUCUGUGAAGAAGGAAGAAGAAAAGGAGAAGGAGGUGACUGACUGGCGUAAGAAUGUGGAGGCCAUGUCUGGGAUGGAGGGCAGGAAGAAGAAGUUUGACUCUGGUGCGCCAGCACAGUAAGAGGAGUGGCAAUUGAGAAGGUUCAUUUCCUACAAAGAGAAACGUCCCCUGUGCUCCUCAGGGUCAGCGGAUUGAAAAGUUGACAGCAUGUAAAGAGAUGACCGGAUGGACAACACUUCAAAAUGACUAGUCUAGCUUUGUUAUAUGCUAUUUACAUGAACAGCAAGUUGUAACUUACCCUUCUUCAUUUUAUUUUCAACAACCAUAUAGUUUCUUGUUUGAAUUUAUUCCCCUUCAUAAGCAUUUUGGGUUAUGUGAAUGCCAGCUAAUUGCAUUGGUAGGAUUUCCUAUGUUGAUAUUCUACAGUAUUGAUAUACUAUCACAAUCCAGCAUGGAAAUAAGACUCCUAUUACAUAGGAGUUUCACCCAUUCCAGGUUUUAAAAUCAGCUCAUUAGGGGGUCCCCGAGUGGCUCAUCUGGUAGAAGCGCAGCCACGUGGUGCGCAGGGAAAAUCAUGCAGCAUAGGUUCACAUCCUGGCUGUGCAAAGUAGGCAGGUCUUCACUGGGGACUCCGAAGAGAACAUCACAUUGGCACUGGCACUCUUGUGGGUUAGGGAGGUAAAACCAGCAGGGACUGUUUCUCCUUAUCCCUCUGCAGUGAACCCUGCUUGCCAGGAGCCCAGUCAACUCAGAGCAGGCACCUGCAGGGCUGGCCUUUGUCCUCCAGAAGUGGGUUGCUCGCUGACAUCUGCUCUUGAGUUCCUGAAUGAAAAAGGAAGCUGGCUUGGUCGUGGGAUUGGAGUACACCUGCUGAAUCUUUGAAUCACCUAAGAUAUGUGGGGAAAAGCAAUUGGGCAUUCCAAAUUGGGAGAAAACCGAGGUUAAAAUUAUAACUAGACACACUAACCAUGGUGUUUAGGUAAUAAGCUCACAUGUUUCUUAUUAAACUCCUAGUAAAACCAGGAACGGAUCAGACUGCUAUGCAACGGGGGCCUUAUUCCAUGUGUCUUCAGCUGACACCAUUCUUUUCAUGAUGAUGCUUUUUGAGUUAAUACAGUUUAAUUACAUCAAUUAAUUUACAUUUCAAAAUCUAACAUGAAAUACUGUACUACUAUUCUGGCUUUUGCAAUAUAUGAUUUUGUCAU